AUGGCCAAAAACUGGCGAAGAGGACACAUAGUUGGUCUUCCUGUGGCUGGCGCAGCCGACGACAAAGAGUGGGUUCCAAAGUGGACUGUUCAAUGCAACAAAGAUCUGGAGAAAUUUGAGUCCACGUUUUUGAUGCACACAGUAGAACCCAUCGACAAGCUGCUUAAGGAGGUUGGUAAGGACAACUUGUCGAGAAUGCUGGAGCAACAUUUGCCGAAGGGUGUGGAUUUGGAUGUGAUGUUUGCAUCAAGAUGCAGGUUGGAAAAUGGACAUGCUGCUUUUGCAGUCAAUGUCCGUGUCCCGCACGUGAAGGCAAUCCACAUGCUUCGAGAUCAAGUUCUUUGCGGAGACCUUGAGGCUGAACUCAACAGAUCCCUUGCGGACAUUCAUCAGAGUGAGUUCCAAGUCCAAGUUGACAAAACCGAGUUUUUUGAACAAUAUGAGAGCAGUCUUCUAUCCUUGUCGAAGCUGACUCAUCAUCAAGAAUCAAAACUUCGGCAGCUGCACCAGCGGAAAAGCAAAGAGCUUCACUUGACAGCUCCUGCGGGGGCCGGAAAAACAUUUGUGGCGGUGCAAUUUGCGCUGGACAAAGUUUACGAGAACUGCAAAUCCGAGGGCGCAAUCCUGUACGUAGCACCCCGCCUUUCCUUGUGCUUGCAUUUUGUUCAGUGGCUCAUCGCCAGACAUCUGUGGCUGAAAGGGCGAGGAGGAGAAUUGGAGGAACUGCUGUCCAGGAUCGUAAUCAUGCACAAACGUGAUGAGGAUUAUGUCAAUGUCAAGUUGGUUCUAGAAGGCAAUCAAUUUGCUGAACACCCAGCCGCUGCUCCAGAGUAUUUGCUAGCCAUUUUUGACGAGGCUCACGAGCUCUUCACCACUGACGAGAUGACCGGAAUUUACAGGGACUUGCGGGCAAAUCAGAAGCUGCUGCUGUCCGACAUGUCUCAAUCAGCUUCUUUGCGCGUUGCACUUCCUGAAGUUGAAGACACUGUGAGUCUCAGUGACGUUGUUCGAAGUACCCAGCGAAUUGUCGCUGCUGCACAGGCCUUUGAACUGGAAAAGAGCAAGGGAAUUACCACCAGCUGCAGCGGAACGAACGGUCCACCUCUCAAAACCUUUAUUUUUGAGGCCCUCGAUGACGCAGAGAUGUUUCACCAAUGCUGCCGCUACACCCUCGACGCCAUUAGGCACGUCUUCCGCUCUUACCCCAGCUUGAGCAGCUUGCAUUUGCGGGUGGCUAUCAUAGUACCAGACAAGACAUUUUGUGACAAGUUCAAGGGACUACUUCGAGAUGAACUCACUUCUACAUUCACUGCCCGAAAGUUCCAGCUAAGAUCCUUUGCCGAGUCCUUACGUUACUUGCGUUCCCAUCACCACGACGAAAGAGCAGCAGGGGAUGAAGUGCUAGUUCUAGAUACAGUUGAGGAAGCCCGAGGGCAAGAGAUGAUGGUUGUGAUUUGUGUGGGACUUGAUCAGAAAAUAGCUGACACUGACGCACGCAAAACUGACACUCUUUUGACUCGGGCGCGGAUCUACCAGGGGAUUACAAGAGCUCAGUUGAUGGCUAUAGUUGUGGACAAGCUCAUUCAAGGUGGGUUUCUACAAUUCCUUACUACUCUCAAGUUCAACAACAAGAAGUUCGAUCAAAGUUUUGCCUUCAGCGAAGGCACCUCAAAAGCGGCAAGCAGAAUAAAGAAAAAAGCAGAGGCCCUGCCUAGCGAAGUCGUUGAGGAGAAAGAUGGCGAAGGCAUGGACACUGCUGCUAUGACUGGUUUGAGUUUGGCAGUGGUGAAGGAUGAGCUUGGUGGCAUUGAACAGCUUCUAGAAGUUUGCAUAGUGAAGGAAAAUGAUGAUGGGGCAAAUAAAUUCAUCAGCGCAGAUGGCAAAGCCCAAGGAGAAAUCGACAAGGAUGGACCUCGUGAUGAUGAUCGAUUUGAGACAUCGAUAUGGGAUACAGACAGUAAUCAGACCAAAUCGACAAGUCAGACAUUGGCUUUUGACCCGCGCAUUGACCAGGUGCUGGGGAGGAUCCUCGAAGAAUUGCCAGGAGGGGAGUCUACACCUGGUCUCGAGGCACGGAAGGAGAUUGAUCAUACCGACGGCAAAAGUCAGGCAGGGCUCGCGCGCUACUUCGAGCAGAAAUACAAACAAGGUGGUGAUUUUGAAGAUGAAGAGUAUGAACGAGAUGUAAAGGAUUGGUGCUGGGUUCACAAACCUUCCGGGAUCAAGGUGUGGCAGGAUGCCAUUGACUUGAGCCAAUCCGGUGGCUCAGGUCAUUGUGUCUUUCACUACACAACCGGGCUGGGAUUCCGAAAUAUCACGAACACAAGCAGCAAAGUGGCUGAGGUCUUUGCAAGUCUCAUUACCGCGGGAGAAAAAGCCAAUGCGUUGUGGGGCGCAGGAGUCUACACCGUGCGGAAGACACCAGACGAAUGGCCGAGUAUUGAGUCGUUACUAGACAACAUGUACCGCAACAUGCUCAGAAGAGAUAUUGAGCUCAAGGGGCACGAGCAUGCCGGUGAGGUGACGCAGUUGUAUGCCAGCCGGGUUGCUUACUGUAUUCCCAUUAUUGCUGAUGCAGCCAUUUUGUACGACGUUUCCGUGCACCCAACACCCGAAAUGGUGGAGCAGGGGAGACCUGCUGGGGUGAACUUGGCCGGCAAACUCUUGAACGAACCUGGAAAGCCGGUAAGAUCGGUGAUUGUCGUGCGAGUAGAAAACGAGGAGGAAAACUACGUUUCAAAUGCUUACGCCAACCUGCUCCCAACGCUCCGCACCCGUGCAAGAGCGGUUGCUGCAAGACUGGGUACCAAGCACGCGGAAGCGCAUUCAGCUUUUGGAAGGCUGGCUACUGUCUUGGGAGCUCGUGGUGCCUUCAGGGAGGCAGAACGCCUUUGGCGGCAGAUCUUGGAGGCCAAAGAGUUGGAACUUGGAGCAGAACAUGCAGACACCUUGGCCUGUGCCAACAACCUGGCUGGUGUCUUCCGAGCUCAGCAAAAAGUAGACGAAGCUGAGCCGCUGUAUCGGCGGGCCUUGAGUGGCUUUGAAGCGAUGGCUGGAACUAUGCAUCCCUACGCCCUAGCGUGUGCCAACAACUUAGCCAUUUUGCUGAAAGACCAAGGCAAGCUAGAUGAGGCGGAAGUACUGCAUCGACAAACAUUAGAACUGUGUGAAAGCCAGCUUGGAGAAGCUCACCUAGACACGCUUUAUGCGUUGAACAACCUAGCAGUUCUCCUGGGCGUUAAUGGCAAGCUCAAAGAGGCGGAGGCGCUAAGUCGGCGGGCAUUGGGCUUUCGUCAAUCUCUCCUUGGAGAGAUGCAUCCUGAGACUCUCAUCUCCUGGAGCAGCCUUGACAACACUCCACUGGCUGAGGCGCUCCUAGAGGAUGUGUCCAACAUGGUCCAACACCAAGCGAAAGCUGCUGAUAGUUCUUUAGGCUCCUCGUCAGUCCCAACGCCCUUCCUCCGCAACCUCCCCGGACGCCGCGAAGCUCAGGAGCUUCGUCAGCAGCUGCAGCAGCUGCUGCUGAGUCCGCUGGGCGACUCGGCGCUGCUGGCGCCCCAACGAUGCAUCGAGCUACUACAGUCCGCUGGCUGCUCUGCAGAUGAAGCGCUUGAACUCAUCAAGGAAAAGUUGCAAGGUGAACUCAUUGCUGAGGGGGACUACAAAGAUGAGCCACACAUCAGCACCUCGGCAUAUUCUAAUGCCUCAAGAUCAACGAGGUGCAAGCCAGAGCAUGGGAUGAAAGCACCGGGUGAUGUCAUGACGGUUCAAGAACUGCGCGGCCGUUUAGAGAAAGACCACCUUGACCCUGAGGAGAGUGGUCAAGACUAUGCAUUUGUGCAGCUGAUGCUCCUCAUGUUGAAAGACGCAGAAAUCACGAUGCUUCAGGAAGAGCUCAAAGAAGCACAGGCCGAAAAUGAGAUGCUGAAGAAGCAACUCGAGAAAGCAGAGGAACAGGUGGAAGAAGUCCAGAGAAAAGGAGCUACCACUGUGACCCUUCACAUCACGCUAAAAGAUCAACCGGCUGUGGUGGCAGACACGGGUGAUAUCACUUACCAUGGAAACAUUCGAGAUGAUGCAACGAAAUGUGUCAUCUCGUUUCCAGGCAAGUAUCCAUCCGGAUGGGGUGCCCUUGUCAAGGAACAUCAUGGCAAGAGUGUUGGCUGCGUUUUUCUGUGCACCCCGGAAGAUGGCCUUGGAACACACGAGCAAGACCCUGAUGCAGAAGACGGCUCUUGCUACUGCAAGGCCAUCUACGGUGAGAGAGGUUGGAAGGAGCUUGGCUACCUAAAAGUUGUGAAAUCUCCGUGCACAGAGGAAAACAUGUUGAAAGAAAAGGAGAAAGCAAAGCCAAUGGAUAUUGUCGUUGUAGCAGAAAUUGAGAAAGGGCAGGAGCUUCAGGUGGUGUUUUUCGCCGGGCAGAAAGGAGAAGGCAAGGUACAUUGGGACCAGCUGGCUACUGCCGAUCUGUGGGACGGAAAGGGUCUCGGUGGGUCCCAGAAGGGAGAGGUCGCCUUUUUGGAGAAGAUGUGGCGGGAAACCAAAAAUCCUGCAUGGCGAUAUGAAGAAGUGGAUGUGAUGCAAUUUUUGCAAAACGAGUUCCAGCUUGAGCAAGAGGUAGAUGCGCGGGACAAAGAAAAGAAUUGUUGGAGAAGAGGUCGCAUAGUUGGGUUACCCGACGCGAGCCAGACUGCCAAUGACUCCAAGUGGGUUGCAGAGUGGACGGUGGAGUGCAAUGAACACCGGGAGAAAUUCAAGUCCACCCAUUUGAUGCACACAACAGACCCCAUCGACAAGCUGAUUGACAAGGUCGGCCUGGACAACUUGCAGAAAAGGCUGGAGCAAAAUUUGCCGUAUGAUGUGGAUGUACAGCUUGUGUCAAGAACCAGGCUUGAAGAUGGAGAUGCUGCUUUGGAAGUUGAAGUCCAUGUUCCACAUGUCAAGGCAAUUCAUAUGCUGCGAGACCAAGUUCUUGGAGGUGACCUUGAGCUUCAGCUCAACGGAUCCCUUUUGAAGUCUCAUGACACCGAAUUCGAAGUCCAAGUGGACAAAACCGAGUUCAUGGAACGAUACGAGAGGAGUCUUUCAGCCUUGUCGAAACUGACAAAGCAUCAAGAAUCAAAGCUUCGGCAGCUCCAUAUGCCCUACAGCAAGGAAAUACAUAUGUCAGCUCCUGCAGGUGCAGGCAAAACGUUUGUGGCAGUGCUAUUCGCGCUCGACAAAAUCUAUGAGAACUGGGACGCCCGGAGACCGAUCCUUUACAUUGCUCCUCGCCCUUGCCUGGGACUGCAUUUCGUUCACUGGUUGGUUUCAAGGCAUGAAUGCUUGGGACUCAAAGGAGGAAAUGUUCAGGAACUGCUCACAAGGAUUGUAGUGAUGCACAAACCUUAUGAGAAAUUCGUCAAAUUGACUCUACAAGGAAAUCGACUUGUCGAGGAACAAGUGGAUGCUCCAGAGUUUGCGCUGGUGGUCUUUGACGAGGCACACGAGCUAUUCUCCGAGGAGCAGAUGAUGGCCAUCCACACCGACUUGCAGGCGGACCAGAAGCUUCUACUGUCCGACAUAUCUCAGUCUGCUGCCUUGCGCCCAAAAUUCCCACACAUCCAGCACCAAGUGAGUUUGGAUGAAGUGGUAAGGAGUACAAAGAGGAUUGUUGCAGCUGCGCAAGCAUUUGAACUCGAAAAGAAUGGAGGCGUUACCACUAGCUGCUGUGGGACCAACGGUCCACCUCUCAAAACAUUCAUGUUUGAGACUCUAAACCAUGACAAAAAGCUGUUUGAUCAAUACAGUCGUUACACGAUCCGAGCUAUUUGGCACGUUUGUCGAACCUAUCCCACCUUGAGAAACUUUCACCGGCGGAUUGCGAUCAUUGUGCCGGACAACAAGUUCCUUGAGAAGUUCCAGCCGAUGCUUCAAAGUGAACUCAGCGCUACGUUCACUGCCCGAAACCUUCGGGUAAAGUCCUUCGAGGAGUCAUUGCGCUACUUGCAUGCACAUCACCAUCACCAAAAAGCAGCCGAGGAUGAAGUCAUUGUUAUGGACACGAUCGAAGAAGCCAGAGGGCAAGAAAUGAUGGUUGUGAUUUGCGUUGGUUUGGACGAGGAAAUUGCUGAUACAAACAAGACUGAUACGCUUUUGACUCGUGCGCAUAUCUACCAAGGAAUCACAAGAGCACAGUUGAUGGCUAUUGUGGUAGACAAGCUCGUCCAAGGAGGAUGGCUUCAGUUUCUUGCGACCUUGAAAUUCAACAAGAAGGAAUUUGACUCAAGUUUGGCCUUUGGUGAGGAUGUGGCCGCUGCAGAUCCCACUGAGGAGCUGCGGGACACCAGUGAGCCAGAUCGGAACUUCAAGAUGACAGGCAAAGGGAAAGGCGAGGAAGGCAAACUGUCCCUGACAAAGCUUGCCAUGUUGAAGGAGGAGGAGGAGGAGGAGUGGGCAUUGCGGGGCAUUGCUGGAGUCUGGGGCUCGGAGGAUGAUGGUGCUUUCCUGUCGGGCGACUUCCUUGGCGAGUGCUGGCUUCCACCGCUGGGCUCCUUGACGGCGGCGUCCAAGCGCUAUGUGCUGCCCUUGACCAACGCGCCGCCCGAGACAGGCCAUUUGAUCGUCGAUGCUUCUUGGACCUUCCCCAGCGAAACUGUGCCGCCCUUGCCCGACGUGAAGAGGGAGGAGAUCAUGCAUACUGGCAGCUUGGUGAAGUGGUGA